UCACCAGCCAUCUCGUUGGACGUUGGCUAAACUUAUGACUUGCUCAACCUCUGAUCUCACAGCAAUUCUGCGUGGUAGUACUACCAGACUACUUGUCUCGAGUGGUUUCUCUGCUCGCUCGAUGCGUCGCGGGACAGGCACCGUGUUUUGGCUGCUCGUCGCCGCCGCCGCGCUCCUGCUCCUGGUUCUGCCGCUGCUGGCCUCCUGCGCGGCCUCCGCACGUCCUCCUCCAGUGCUGCCGCGAGGUGGCGGCGAUGCCGGGCUGGCUGGAGGGAGAGAGCUAGCGGCCAUGGGAGCUGCGAGGCGCUUGGGGCAGAGGACGCCGGUGAAUAAGCCUCCCUCGCCCAACCCCCACGCCGCGUCGACGACGGCCGUGCCGCCGCCACCGCCUGACUAGGACCAAGCAGGUCAGGGGCGGGAGUAGUGCAUGCUGUGGUCGCCUAGCUAUGUUCUUCCCGAUAGCCGAUCUCCUGAUCGGUACAGUAUCAGAGAAGAAACAACUAGCAGCUGUGCGCAGUACUUGUUUCGCUGCUGAUAAAUUAUGGAACUUGUAUACAGCAAACAUGUUGGGAUAUACACCAACCGAUGGCCUUGAUAAAUUCGAUGGUCUAUCUGUGCUGAAAGUGUACUCUGCCAAUUCAGUGUACACACACAAUUCGGUUACUAGCAAAAAUGUACACACAGUUGACUGCCAUUAAUUCUCG